AUGGCUCCCUUCAACCAGACAUCCCCCGACGCUCAUCCGUCAGACUCCUCUCGCGCAUCGAAUCAAGACUCUGAUCAACAGUACAUCAUCGUUCCUAUCCACCAAGACACUCCUCAGAGAGCACCAGCACCAAGCGAUUCCAAUCUCCUCCAUCAAAACGCGGGUAGUAUGCCGGAAUCCAAACCCGUCAAAAACUCCAGAAGAAGCCUCCUGCACGACCUGGCCUCGGAGCUCGAGAUCGGUCUCGAAAACCAUCAGAAGGCCAAUACCUCCGACUUCCCCCCUCGCUCCUCUGAACUGCAAUUUCCACUCACAGCCACCAACAACUCCAGGGGAAUCUCUCUCAACAGGAGCGAACAAACCCAUCCUGAGCAUGCGGGUAGCAGCUGGCUAUAUUCUAUACAGCAGCAACCACGCGAUGCUCAAUUUCAUGUCCCAUCACAACUACCGGCGUUCGUCACCUGGGACUUGCUACUCCUCGACGCGCUGAUCACCUUCUCGUGCCUCGCCUUCAAUCUGUACCUCGUCUGUGAGGUUUUGUUUCUUUCUCUCUUUCCCGGGGGGAAUGAGAGAGUCGGAGAUGGAGCGAGAGCGAGAGCGAAUCCAGCGAGAAGCAGGUCGUAUCGCCCUCGGACAAAGAGGGGAAAUACAGAAGUCGAGCAUGCGGCUUUGGAAAAGGCGAAAAGGCGUGAAAGCGGUGGGGAUGGGGAGUGA